AUGCCGGGGAGUGAGCAGGAACGCAUGCAAGUCGCGAAGGACUUUUACUGCAUAGCGAAAUUCCUUCGGGUUAUAGGUGCUAUUGAUUGUACCCAUAUGAAAAUGAAUUCUCCAGGUGGUACGACUUGUGAGCAAUAUCGCAACCGGGAGACUAAAUGUAGUCUGAAUGUACAAAUGGCGUCGGAUGCCAAAUUAAAAAUUAGAAAUAUAAUUGCGCGCUGGCCAGGAUCAGCCCAUGAUAGCACAGUUUUUAAUGAUUUACCUUUAUGUGCUCAGUUCGUAUGUCGAGAGUUUGGUUCAUACCUAUUAAUUGGCGAUGCAGAAUAUCCUUGUCGAAAUUAUUUACUUACCCCACUUGCAAUAAAAAAAAUUCAUGUCUCGGAUGUCCAAAUAGAAGAAAUUCUUCGAAGAUUGGAAGCAGAUGAAAUAUCAGAGGAUGACUGUGAGUCGGAAAGAGACGAUUUGGACUUCUAUCCUACAAGAAAAGAGUUAUUACAGGUACUAGAAGAUGUUGAGACUCGUAAUGAUGGAGACGGAUGA